ACUAACCAACCUCCAGUCUGGUCGGCUCCUGGCAGCGCCUGGGUUAAACUGCAAAAACAUGGCCCCCAUCAGCAGCAGCACACACGGCCUGGACAGAGUGGAUGAUUGCGGUGGGGUCAGACCUGACAGAAAGAUAAGAAAACCUCUGGUUGAGAAGAAAAGAAGGGCUCGCAUCAAUGAAAGUUUACAAGAACUCAGAGUCCUUAUCGCCGACGAAGAUUUACAGUCAAAGAUGGAGAAUGCCGAAGUGCUGGAGAUGACAGUGAAACGAGUGGAAGGCACUCUUCAAAGACGUGCUCAAGAAGCAGACGCUGUACACCGGGAGGCCUGUGAGCGUUUCGCUGCCGGAUACAUCCAGUGUAUGCACGACGUUCACACAUUUGUGUCCAACUACCCGGGGAUUGACCCAACAGUGGCAGCGGAGCUGUUGAAGCACCUUCUGGAGAGUAUGCCACUUAACAACAACGAGUACCACCGAGUGAUGCUCCCGGACAUCGUAGCGGACAGCCCUUGCUAUAGCAGCACUUGGUCCCUGUCUGAGAGCAUUCACACAGCCCUGGUGUCCCCGGCACCCUCCACCACUUCCAGCGACGACCUCUGCUCUGACCUGGAUGAGACCGACUCAGAGCAAAGCCAGGUUUCUUCUGAGGAGGAGGCAGACGGUCAAGAAGCGUUGCCCUGCCUAACUUGCUCUAAAGCUCUGUGGAGACCAUGGUAGACAAUUUAAGGUGGAAUAGGAGUUUGGGUUUUUUUGUCGAAACAAUAGCUUGGGUUAGAAAUAGGCCAACACUGCCUGAAUGGGCAUCAGAUAAACUCUUCGUAAAGAUAUUCUAAUAUAUCUUUACAGAGCUUAGUGACCUUGUUUGGGCCUGCUGACUUAUGUAAAUAUGUACUUGUUCAAUAUAACUGCUGUAUAGAAAGUAGACCCCCACCAGAAAUGCACUAAUAUGAGUGUGUGUAAAUUAUUUCCUAAUUAGGAUCUGUUGAAAAUUUUAUUUAUACAUGUCAGUUGACUGCUAGUAGGCUACCUCAUCUAAGUUAAGCUAAAACUUUUAAAUAAAUAUUUUAGGGGGAAAAAAAGACUUGUACUCCAUUUGUGCAGCAGACUCUUCAGGAGAAAAAAAACCUAAUUUCACACACAAGAAUCCCACUAACCACCCACCCACGGCUGUUUCCAAGAUAUUUGUUAUUACUCUGCAAUUGUGGACCAUUUGUGUGCACAGGCUCUCCAAGAUCCCUUAGCACGUCGUAGGCAUUUGUGAGGUGUGAAAUGAGUAAUCCACUCACUCCCUCCUUAUAUAGUCCUGGUUGAGAACUUGACAAAUGGAAUUUAUAACUCUGCUCGACUCGUUUUUUAAAUAACGUGGGCACAUAACCUGCACAGUCAUGACUCUGGAAUAAGUUUGGCUUUGUAUUGCGCUGUGAUAUCCACAAACAGUCAUCUUUUUCUUUCUUUCUUUCUUUUUGCAAGUUUGGAGUGGUGCACAAGCCUGUGGAAGUGAACAUAAUUUUAGGCCUGUGAAAUCUAAGCAUGUCAUCUCGUAGCAGUGGGUCAGGCUGCCAUUGCUGCUGACUUUCACAGCUCGCUUGAUGUCAGACAUCACUUCUGUGGUCUCAGUGAGAGCCACAAACAGUGUUCUGCUGCAUCUGCACCACCUAGCUCCUACUGCUAGGCAUGAAUAAGAAAAGCCAGCAAUCCUAAAACAAGUCUAUUCAUAUGCCACGUGAAGUGUGAGUCACGUCUUUACACCCCACCCCCGACUUAAUAGGGGACACUGGUGAAAUGAGAAGAAAAGGACUAAUACACUGUGCAUUGAAUAGUGGAGCAUUCUCCUAUUUAGCAGAUAGAGUAGUAAUUAUACAUCGAGGUAAUGCAAUCAGGUAAGAUUUCGAUCUGCUUUUGUUGUUCUUUGUAAUCCCCCUUGCUAGAAACAAGAUCGACACACUGUUAUAAUAAAUAUCAAACGGUGUUACCAUACGAUAAAGUUAGAAGGCCUAUAUUUUAAACUUUAAGCAUUGGUAUUUUUAUAGUUGUUUAUUUAUGUAAAAAGGUGAUAUUUCGUUUUAAACCCAGCUGUGACCACUUAAAUUAAUAACAAGCUUUCUCGAGUGCAAGAAAGCACAAGUAAAUUAUCAUAAUUCAAAUUAUAAACUACUAAAUGACGACCCAUACAUCCUUGUUUUGGUCCUAUUAUUUGCUAAACUUGAUGUAGUCCGCUGUGUUGUGACCAGACCGUAUUAAAAUAUCACCGUAUUAAAAUAUCACCGUAUUAAAAUAUCACCGAAGGUAUAGCUGUCCGGGGGGGGAUGUUCUUUCUUUUUCUUUUUUUUAAGCAUGUUCGCACCUCACGCUCAGUUUGAAGUAAGUAUGAAGGUGUGAACAAGGGUCGCUUUGAUCAGGAGGAUCUGCGCAGAAGUCUGUUGUUUCGGUGGUUGGACAGACAGACAUUUGCAUUGCGAAGGUAAAAGUGACGACAGAGAGAAGCAUGAGUCUUUUUACUUUAAAAUUUAAAUAUGUAUAAGACAGGCGGCAGCAGGGGCGUUCCCAGGAUUUUUAAAUGGUGUGGCACAAGGGGGAACCCAUAAUAAGGCAAAGAGGGGAGGGCACAGGUAGUCAGAUUAUUUAAUCAGAGUUAAAAAUCAGUGUAGGAAUAUGCUGUACAAAACAUGGGGCAUGAUUUCCAUCUGUCUGGUUACAGAUUUAUUAUGUUAAAGGUGAAUUUAUGCAACCUUAAACAUUUGUGUGUGUGUGUGGGAGGGGGAUCUAAAAGUUGUGAUCCGACUUAAGUAGCUUAACAGUGAAGAUAUAGUAUAACAAAAAUAUAGUUAACUAAAUGUGUUCAUUGUGUGGAAUGACACUUUGCAGAAUUAUAUUAAAGCCUUACUUAUUUUGCAGAUAAAUCAUAUGAAGUACAAGACAAAACAUUUGUAUCCAAAACAAAACUGUACUUUAUUCAAGUAAACAUAUCAGGUUACUUUGCUAUCCAUAUAUUCAUCCAGGGAUUUGGGGCACUAAGAUUAACAGAAUUGUAAUUAAACUGCAUUUAGGGCUCUGCAGACACUGUUGAGAAAAACUGUAACAAGCUAAGUUUAAGAUGUCGGAACAUUCUUUUUUUUCUUUUUUUUUUUCCAGUCUGCAGAAAUCAUCCCGUCUCUUCCUUAUUCGUCGUGUUGGACUGGCAAAGAAGGUGCACGACACACUUUGCUUUAAGUUAUGCAACAUUUUAUUUUGAGAAAAGUUAGCAAACAUAGUGGAAUCAUUUCCUUUAAAAAAUAAGAAAAACAAAAAUAAAAAUGUGUAUGUCAGUGUCUGUUUGAAGACCACCCCCCCCAAAAAAAAACUUGAACAAAAAAGUUCAAGUUCCCAAAGAGACUCAAACAACAGCGCGGGCUUCAAAGUGAAAAAACUCUUCAGCCACCUGACGUCCAAGCUGCUUUGUAACAGUGAAAUUACCCUAAAGUCAGCCUGAAGUGUUUGUUCUGAACAGUAACGAGCUUCAGUCUGUUCAGGAUGUUCCUCUCCUUGUUUAUGAUUGCAACAUCAGACCACGUCGAGCGUCAUGCAGCACACUUCAAAACUGGGGAAAACCACAAUAAUCUCUUUACAAUAACCACCCACCCUAAACAUGCAGCUCGGUACUUUUCAGUUUGUGAUGAGCGGCUUUCCUAGUGUUGAUUAUGUAAUUCACAUUUUCAAAAUAGAGCUUAUAAUAAAUAAUAUUAAUUCUUUUGGUCCAGUUUGCUUUUUAAACUUUUUUUUAAUACUAUAACUUAAAAACACAUUAACUCAUUUAUAGAGAAACAGUAUGUAAAAAUAUAGCCUAUACAUAUGCCUAGAGAGUGUUGCAAACACCAACACAAGCUUUGAAAUAUAUUAAAAAAAAGAAGAAAUCUUUAAAGUGAGUGUCACAGCUGAAAAACAAAAAUGCUGCAUUUCAUCAGAAACAGAUGAAAGGAAAUCUGCUGAAUGAAAAAAAAUAAAAAUCUAGAGCUGCUUUUAGUGACGUGUCACCAAA